AUGCCAGAUUGGGACUUCACACACCGCACGGCACGGGUCAACGGAGUGAAUAUUCAUUACGUUAUCGAAGGUGAUGGUUACCCGGUUGUGCUGCUUCACGGGUGGCCAGAGAUGUGGUUCUCCUGGCGCAAGCAGAUUCCGGUACUGUCGCAGAAUUACCAGGUAAUUGUUCCCGAUAUGCGGGGAUUCGGCGCGUCUGAAAAGCCGCUGCAAGACUACCGAACCCGUACGGCGGCUACCGACAUUUACGAGUUGGUGCGACAUUUGGGACACGACAAAGUUGCAAUUGUUGGACACGAUAUCGGCGUGCGGGUGUCCUACCGAUACUGUCUCGACCAUGAAGCGGAAGUCGACCGUCUCGCAUUGCUGGACGGUACGCAUCCGCUGGAGCAGCUGGAACUACAAACGCCGCAGGGCGUGCGGGAAAGGUGGCACUCGUACUUCCACCAGAUACCCGACCUGCCCGAACAUCUCGUGCGGGGAAAUGAAGAAGCGUACCUGCGUUACUUCUACCGGAACUGGUCGGUCAACCAGGCAAUGAUGUCUGAUGAAGAAGUUGCGGUCUAUGCCAGGGCGUAUUCGCAGCCCGGUGCAUUGCGCGGCGGUUUUUCGUAUUACCGGGCAGCGGCCUACGAAGAUCCGCCAGACUGGCGAGCCGAUGCCGAACGAGUGCUCAGCAUUCCGCUCCUGUACCUUUGGGGAGAGCGCCGGCAACGCACGGCAACGGCAGGCGGUAUGGAUCCGGAGGCAUCGUGGCAAAAGGCAGCGACUAACCUGCGCACCCAGUUUGUACCCGGGGCAGGUCACUUUCUUCACGAGGAAAAACCGGACGCGGUAAACGCAGCGCUGUUGUCAUUCCUGGGCGAAAUCGGGAACUAA